GUGCAUACAUAGCGGGGAAUUGGGAGUGCAGCUGAUGACCGCAUGUUUGUCAGUUAGUGCUAAUCAAUCGCGAGGUCAGCUUCAUAAUCCAUCUCCAGCUCCACCCAGCCUCGCCUCCAUAGGUAUAUCUAUCUCGAUCUCCGGCUCCAGCUCUAGCUCCAGCUCUAGCUCCAGCUCCACCAAGCUUCGUCUGCCUAUAUCUACCUCCAGCACCAGCUCCAACUCCAGCACCAGCUCCAUCCAGCAUUACCUCCACCCAGCACCAGCUCCACACAGCUCCACCCACCUCCACCAACACAACCCCCAGCAACAAUGUCCAAACCCGAAUUCGAACUGAUCUACUGGCCCUCGAUGCCGGGCCGGGGUGAGCCGAUCCGGCUCCUCUUCGAAGCCACGGGCACCUCCUACACGGACACAACAGACGAGGCCGUGGUGGUCUCUUAUAUCACCCCGUCCCCCACUUCCCCCACCUCCUCGCUCCCCUCCCUGGCGCCCCCCAUCCUUCUCCACGCCAACCGCACACUCUCGCAAACCGCAGCGAUCCUGUUCUACCUCUCCCCGCUGCUUGGCCUCUCGCCCGCGGGGUUCGGCGAGCACCAAAUGCGCGCGCUGAUCCUGACGGCGCUGGACCUGCAGGACGAGGCACAUAACACGCACCAUCCGGUGGGGGUAUCUCUGUUCUACGCUGAUCAGCUAGCGGAGGCGGCAAGGGCCGCGGAAAUUUUCCGGCGGGAGAGGGUAGGCAAGUUUUUCAAGUAUUUUGAGGGCGUGCUUGGGGCUGCGGAGGGGGAGGGGAAGGGGAAGGGGGGGUGGUUGCUGGGCGGCGGCCUGUCGGCCGCGGAUCUGGUGCUCUGGCAGGUCGUCGAUGGGCUCAAGUAUGCCUUCCCCAAGGCGACUGCAAGGGUGCUAGCGGAGUGUCCGAGGCUGGAAAGGCACUAUGGGCUGGUUAAGGCGGUGGAGGGCGUUAAGUCGUAUUUGGAGAGUGGCAGGCGCAGGAAGUAUGAUAUGGGCGUGUACAGAUAUUAUCCGGAGCUGGAUGAUCAGGAGGGGGAUGAGUAGACGAGGAGGAGGUUGGGUUUGUACUUAUAGGACUCGCACGUACACCAGGAUAUGUAGGAAAUGCAAUGCAAUGCAAAUAGGUAUCACCAUG